GACAUCGUCCUUGCUGCUGAUACGGUGUUGAACAACUAACCGUAGAACUUUGAAGAAGAGAUCAUGGUGAGUAGUGUCCUUGCGUGGUGUUGCCAUGACAGCAGUGACUACAGAUGCUGGUGGGACUAGCUACAGAAGGUCGGCCAUUCAAGACAUUGGUGGACUGUUGCUGACGAGGCCCUGACUGUAGUCCACGAGCAGCGUGCAGUACCCGAGCGAUGUUAUCUCCCCUCAUAAAGGGCAGACAAGUCUUCGUCCGACUGACGCCACAGGUACGACGACAGUAGGUCAUGUGAUCACAAUCGUGGUCAGCGCCUCAUCGCGUCACUCAUGCCUGGUCACAACCCUCGUCAGCAGCGACUGACGUCAGCCAUACCUGGUCACAACGCUGGUCAGCAGCGACUGACGUCAGCCAUACCUGGUCACAACGCUGGUCAGCAGCAACUGACGUCAGCCAUACCUGGUCACAACGUUGGUCAGCAGCGACUGACGUCAGCCAUACCUGGUCACAACGCUGGUCAGCAGCGACUGACGUCAGCCAUACCUGGUCACAACGCUGGUCAGCAGCGACUGACGUCAGCCAUACCUGGUCACAACGCUGGUCAGCAGCGACUGACGUCAGCCAUACCUGGUCACAACGCUGGUCAGCAGCGACUGACGUCACUCUUGCUCGGUCACAACGCUGGUCAGCAGCGACCACCUUCAGCCACAUCUGGAUACAAUGGAGGCCGGCACAAACACCCGUCAGCCAUGUCCAGUCACACUUCUGGUCAGCAGCAACCGCAGUGCCUAUUACAACAGGCCACGUGCUGGGGCGGAGGAGCAGCCGAUGGAGGGCCGCGUGCAAAUCUUGUGGCCACUGAUGGCGAUGGACAAGACCGCGCGACAUCCGCGGCUGACGAAAUGAACUCCUCGCUCCAGGAGGCGAAGGCUGGCGCUGACGUCCAUGCUGACCUUGACCCAUCACCUGUGUCAGGUGCGAACCUCAGUCGCGGUCUUCCUUCCCAAGUGGAGUCGGCGGUUACACCCGUCAGCCAGGAGCCUGGUUCUCAGGAGGUCAUCUCGGCUCAAGCCCAGACCUUCUGGCUCCAGUGGGUGGAGGCCGCCUUCCCUGAUCUCGACAAGCAAGUCUACUUCCUGCCGCCUGUCUACAUCAACCGCGUGCACGUGACAACACGGGAUGCUGCCGGUCAGGAAGUUCAGGUCCUUGAACCAGCACCUGGGCAGGCCGGACAGUCCAGCCAACCGACACCACCCAAGGCAACCGGACAGUCCAGCCAGCCGACACCACCCAAGGCGACCGGACAGUCCAGCCAUCCGACACCACCCAAGGCGACCGGUCGGUGCAACCACCCGACAACGAAUCCAGUCACUCCGGGUACUCCUCUGUCGGUCGUCGAAGACAGCGAUGUGAGAGACGAUGCGGCCAUGCAGCGCGUGCUGUUCUGUCUGCAGAAAAUGUUUGAGCGAAACGGAGAAGUGCUGGUUGGACUGAGCCAUCUUGAGUUCAGACACUACCUGAGUGAACCUGCCUAUGCUGCCGCGGUGGCCCCCCUACCUUUGCCCUCCAGUCUCCCUCGCUUCUGGAGACGAGGAGACUUCGACGUGCUUCUCAUUCACCGACAUCAUGGCUUUGUCGUCUGCGAGGUGAAGGCUUUUGGCGACAAUGUGGAAAAGCUGCAGAUGUCUCGGCAAGACAUCGACUCUAAUAUCAGCAAGAAAAUGUCCGAGGCCGUCACACAGCUGAAGAAGGCGGAGGCCAUGUUGUCUCACCUGGUGUCCGACAUCGCUCCCGGUCUGCGCAUCACUAAGACCAUCGCCUUCCCCAACCUCUCGGCUCAUCAGCUACAACAGGCCAUCUCUCAGGACACCCGGAUGACUCAGGACCUGUGUCGGUGUCUGGGAGCGUCAAAUGUCGCCGACAUCCCAGGACUGUGUCUGUGCUCUGACCAGUUGUCUGACCCCAAGACCCCGUGUGACGUCAGUGGUCACGUGCUGAGGCAACUGGGACACUGGUGGCAGCGACGCGUGGCCGGGGCUGGACCUGACAGUCACAUGACUUGUCACCUGUACAAGACGCUGGUAGCCAGGUUCUGUGGUCCGGCCACAACAGUGACUGUGCCGUGCACGUCUGUGCCACACCUGCAUGUCAAGACCCUGGGUCAGGCCGUGUGGUUGACAGGUGAGUGCUACACAGCUCGGAUUACACUCUUCCCGGAACAAGUUCACCUGCUGAACACGGCGUUUGCUCGAGUCUUUCUGGCCGGACCCCCCGGCACAGGUAAGACCGUGGUGCUGCAGCUGAAGGGCAGGGAGUGGCUGUGGCGGGGUCACCAGGUGUACAUAGUCAGCACCUGGUGGGGGAGUCGUGCAGCGUGCAGCCUGCUGUACCACCUGCUGCAGCAGUCUGUCGACACACAGUCACCUGCACAACCUACACGUAGCCUCGUCCGUCUCCGCCAAUAUGAUUUCAACCUCGAGAAGGAAGUGGACAAGGCCGUCAACGACUUGUCAGAGGCGGCGAGGUCAGGGGUCGUGUAUGUCAUCGCUGAUGAGGCGUGUGACAGGCCAAACUUCCAGAUCUUUUGCUGCCAACUGUUGGCACGGGUACCUGGGGUGCACCUGUGGGCGGCGAGCUGUUACCACGUGCAGGUACCCGCCCACUGGCGUGUGGAGAGUUUGACCAGACCCCUCCGCUCUCCCCCGGCCGUGGUGAGGGAGGUGGAGCAGGAUGAGUUUAUCACCAAGCAUCGCAUUGUGCAGACCUACAGUCAGCGGGGUGUCCCCGACCGGACAGACGGCCCGCCCAUCAGGCGACUGAGUCACCGAGGUGAGGGUCACUCGGAGAGACCCAUACACACCUGUGUGGAGUGCGGUGCUGAGGUGGCCACCUUCCUCUUCAAGCUCCGUGCAGGUGUCCCGGCCACUAUGGGAGGCGAACCACCACCCCUCUGCCUCAAGUGGAGUGACGUGUUGUUGCUGUAUGACUGGGGUGACAUCACCGAAGACUCGGGUAUUGUGACGGGACUGAGAGAAGCGGGUAUCCCAGUGCGGGUGAUGAAGGAUGACGACAUCGAGGACGUGGCCACGGCCCGCAGUGACGUGGUGUGGGUGGCCAAUGGACACCAUGUUCGUGGACUGGAGAGAAAAGUCGUGGUGUGUCUGGAGAGAGUCGAUGUUAACCCGAAUGUUCGUCUUCAUUUUGUGUCUCGCUGUACGUCACAACUGGUCAUUCUCUCCCCUGAUGACUAGCGUGGAGCUGUCUAGUGGUUACAACACUCCAUCGUCCUCACGGAAGUGACAAUUGAAAGGUGCUGGAUUCCGAUCUCGUCUCGGGACACUCUCUGCAUGUGACACUUGUUCACAAAGGUGGCUGCCGGGGUAUUUCUAUGUUUACUCUGGUUAUCCCCCCACUUCCAUCAUCGCGCUCUUCUCGUAGGUUAAAGUCUCUUCUAACGGGAGGCACGUACUCUCCUGCCAAACCAACCAGACAAGCAGCCCACCUAACCAAAACCCCUCCCCUAACACCAAACACACCAUAAAACUGAAUCUGCAUCUGGGGGAGGGAGCAGCUUGAAUGCGUGUGGAGGAGUGUAUACAGGUGUCACAGUAAUGAGCAAGUGCCUGAGGUCAGGUGUUUGUAACAGCGGACUAUGGUGUUGACACCACAUCUUGUCUCCAUUGUGAAUGGGUGCAACGGUUCCCUGCAAUGACAUCCCUACCUUGUGUCGAGAUACCAAGCUCAAGUCACUUCACUCUCAGCCAGUACACACAAAAUAUUUUGUCACCAAGGUUGAUGUACUUGGUGGGGUGUGGGUGACAACUCAUCCGUCCUUCCGUCCGUCUGCUUGUCCGCCCUCCCCCUGCUCACUCACUGCUCUGCCGAGGGCAGGAACUCAGAACAAGGAAACAGUCGACACUUGAGGCCACGUGGCUAAAGGACAAGAGGAAAGGAAGAGUUCAAAUGUGAAACAGGGAAGCGGCGACAGCGAAGUGUCAUGUCACCAAACACCAAGUGGUGAACAAAGAUGUGGUACAGAUAGAGGAUGUCCUUCAAUGAAGCCGGAUGCAAUGCAAUCAGCUCGUCAGUAUAAGCUGAGAUCUCUAUGCCUACAGAUGAUGAUGUAGGUAUUCCUGGCCUCAGGAUCCACAAGCGGAUGAAGCUCGACCCAAGUGUUCUUGGUGCAAGUCCGCGGUGGUGGUAUACUGUACUGGUUAUCAGAUCCUAAGUACUUUACUUCAAUUUAGUUUUAGGUGCUAUGUUUGUUUCUACUGUUUAUUACUUCGAGACCAAUCACUAGGAAAUAUUGUUAAGAUUGGAGCUAUACACAAUGUAAAUAGAAUGAAAAAGUUGUAGCAUCUCUAAUUCAACCAGAUCAGUCCGGCUUUAUCUGGGUGGGGGGGGGGAGAUGUCUUGAGGAUAACAUCAGGCUUCAGUGAUAAUAAAUGUCAUGGUAUGAUAACUGCAUGCUGACCUUUAAAUGUAUUUGCAUUAUGAUAGCAUGUGCACAUCUACUGUUUUGUGACUCGUGACUCUGUGGUAGUUGUGUGUGUACAUAAACUGUUUUGUGACUAGUGAUAGUGUGGUAGUUGUGUGGCUAUCACAAAUAAACUCAUCCCUUCUCAUUUCUACUGUUUCAGUAGUGAGACAUAAAUAUAGAGAAAUGCAACAUACAAACAGCAGUUUUGGAACUUGCUAGGGCGUAGGUAAGAUUACAUGUUAUGUAGGAUUAUUACAUUUUAUGACAGUUGAAAACAAAAUAAAAAUGCAUUAUCAGUUUCUUAAUAUGAGGUUUGUGUUUAGUCUUUAGCGGACAGCUAAAGAAGGAAUUGUUAUGCAUUGUAUUGCUGUACAUGUGAAAGUUAUGUAAAUAUUUAUGUUAGUGAUAAGUGUAGUGUUGAAAAUGCAAAAUUUACUUUCCAGUUUUUUGUAAUAAAGAUAAUGAUCAUGCUUAUCACUCAAAUCAAUGUAUGAUGAGCUUAAUAUUACAGCUUUAUAAUGAAGACAAUAUAAAACCAUUUUCAAACUUUAAA